AUGACCAGUGAGAUAGAGAUGACCAGUGAGAUAGAGAUGACCAGUGAGAUAGAGAUGACCAGUGAGAUAGAGAUGACCAGUGAGAUAGAGAUGACCAGUGAGAUAGAGAUGACCAGUGAGAUAGAGAUGACCAGUGAGAUAGAGAUGACCAGUGAGAUAGAGAUGACCAGUGAGAUAAAGAUGACCAGUGAGAUAGAGAUGACCAGUGAGAUAAAGAUGACCAGUGAGAUAGAGAUGACCAGUGAGAUAGAGAUGACCAGUGAGAUAGAGAUGACCAGUGAGAUAGAGAUGACCAGUGAGAUAGAGAUGACCAGUGAGAUAGAGAUGACCAGUGAGAUAGAGAUGACCAGUGAGAUAGAGAUGACCAGUGAGAUAGAGAUGACCAGUGAGAUAGAGAUGACCAGUGAGAUAAAGAUGACCAGUGAGAUAGAGAUGACCAGUGAGAUAGAGAUGACCAGUGAGAUAAAGAUGACCAGUGAGAUAGAGAUGACCAGUGAGAUAGAGAUGACCAGUGAGAUAGAGAUGACCAGUGAGAUAGAGAUGACCAGUGAGAUAUAUAGAAAGGUGACCAGUGAGAUAGAGAUGACCAGUGAGAUAAAGAUUAAAAGUGAGAUAAAGAUGACCAGUGAGAUAGAGAUGACCAAUGAGAUAGAGAUGACCAGUAGAUAA